AGCGCGUCGGCUUAGCUGGCGGCUACGGCAGAGAGGUGUGCGGGUCGGGAUGUCAGAACAGCCUACGAUCCCGGAGCAGAGCGCGCCGGACUGGCGGCGCGCAGGCUUCGUGCUGGGGAUGGACGUAGGCAGCUCGGUGAUUCGCUGCCACGUCUAUGACCGCGCGGCACGGAUCUGCGGCUCCAGCUCGCAGAAGGUAGAAAGUCUUUAUCCUCAUGCUGGCUGGGUUGAAAUUGACCCUGAUGUUCUCUGGCUUCAGUUUGUUGCUGUAAUAAAAGAAUCUGUCAAAGCUGCAGGAAUAGAAAUGAAACAAAUUGUUGGUCUUGGCAUUUCAACACAGAGAGCAACUUUUAUCACAUGGGACAAGAAAACAGGAAAGCAUUUCCACAACUUCAUUAGUUGGCAAGACCUAAGAGCUAUUGAACUUGUAAAAUCUUGGAAUAAUUCUCUUUUAAUGAAGCUCAUACACAGUUCCUGCCGAGUACUGCACUUUUUCACUAGAAGUAAACAAUUUCUAGCAGCCAGUUUGUUCACUUUCACAACUCAGCAAGUUUCUUUGAGAUUGGCCUGGAUUUUGCAGAACCUGACUGAGGUGGGAAAGGCAGUGGAAGAAGAAAAUUGCUGCUUUGGGACUGUUGAUACCUGGUUGUUACAUAAGCUCACAAAAGGUUCUGAAUUUGCCACGGAUUUUUCAAAUGCCAGCACAACCGGGCUUUUUGAUCCAUAUGAGAUGAGUUGGAGCAAGAUCAUUACCUCCCUGCUUUCAAUCCCGCUCUCUCUCCUGCCUCCUGUGAAGGAUACGAGCCACAAUUUUGGAUCAGUGGAUGAAGAGAUAUUUGGUGUGCCUAUACCAAUAGUGGCCUUGGUCGCUGACCAGCAAUCUGCCAUGUUUGGAGAAUGCUGCUUUCAGACAGGAGAUGUGAAGUUAACUAUGGGAACUGGGACGUUUUUGGAUAUUAAUACUGGAAAUAAGCCUCAACAGAGUGUUGGAGGCUUUUAUCCAUUAAUUGGGUGGAAGAUUGGACAAGAAGUGGUGUGCUUAGCUGAAGGCAAUGCGGGAGACACAGGCACUGCCAUAGAGUGGGCUCAACAGUUAGGUAAGUUGUCUUCUAAAUGGCUUUCAUAGAUAGGCCAGUCCUAACUCAAGACAACCAUAUGAUCUAAUCAGCAGGGAAUGAAUGGAUUGUUUGAAUGAAACUCAAAAUAAAAUUACACAUGCU